CGCAGGAUGAGGGGCGCAGAGCUGUUGUUUGCUUACUUUCUGGUGAAAGUUGUAGCGUGUGGUGCAGCAGGAGAGAGCGCUAAACAGGUCAGUUCAGUUGCACUUUCGGGUUCCAAUGAAUCUCGGGAUGGUGAGAGUGGUCUGUCAGAGCCUCCACACACUGAGGAUAAAUGUCAAGGCUACUACGACGUGAUGGGCCAGUGGGAUCCACCGUUCGUUUGCCGCACAGGCAGCUAUUUGUACUGCUGUGGUACCUGCGGCUUUCGCUUCUGCUGCGAGUUUAAGGACUCUCGCCUGGACCAGCGCUCCUGCACUAACUACGGUACCCCACCUUGGUCCAUGACGGGGAGACCGCCUCCCAAAAAAAGUGACCCGGCACACGACCCCACCAAGGAUAAAACUAACCUGAUCGUCUAUAUCAUAUGCGGAGUGGUCGCGAUCAUGGCACUGGUGGGGAUUUUCACCAAACUCGGACUGGAAAAGGCGCACCGGCCGCAUAGAGAAAACAUGUCCAGAGCGCUGGCACAAGUGAUGCGGCAGGCUGGAGGGGAAGAACACGAGGAGGGCCUGGCUGUGCAUGGACAGCCCUAUGAGAGCCUGCAGUCAAGGACGGGAAAUAACCUGCAGGGCUCCCAGAUAAACAACGUGGGUUCAGGAUCAGGCCUAAUGCAGGCCAUGACCCAGUACUCUACACUAGGACAGGUGUCUCACACCUAUGAGCAGCCCCAGCCUGUCAAGGAACACAACAAGUAUGCUUCAUUGAAAGCAGUGGCUGAGAAAGCCAGCGAGAACUUCUACACAACUCGAAGAUAUGGGACUGAGUUGACAUCUAAAGGCACGCUUCCGCUUCACCCGGUGCAGCUUGAACCAGAGCCUCCCAACCCGUACAGCCCAGAGCCGCCAUGCCAAAAACAAAAUGGACACAAAGCCAAGAGCGUCAAGGUGUCCGUCUUGCACCCGCUACCCUACAGUUCCAAUACGAUUUCCGGCCCGGCCGUGCUGAGGAACUGGGAGGCCUCUGAUGCACUUGGACGCCGCCACACCUAUGGCCCUAAAAAACACAGCACACUAUUGGAGCAAGUCAAUGAGCUGAGCUCACAAAGUCAGCACUACUUGCCCCCACAUCCAUACUUCAUCACCAACAGCAAGACUGAGGUGACUGUCUGA